CUCACCCUUUGGCGUGUUGUUGUUGUCCCUAAUUAACUCCCUUUCUUUGGUUUCUUAUAUUUAAAAAAAACCCAUCCUUUUUUUUUAUUUCUUUUUCUUUUCUGAAAUCAAUUCAUCAUGGCUUCUCUCUUGUCAAUUCAAUAUGAACAACAACAACAACAUCAAUUAAGAGGAGGGUUGUUACCUUCUAUGAAGUCUUCAUUGAAUACAACAAAUCGAUUGGCAUAUGUAGAUGCCCUUGUAGAUGUCAACGCUAGUGUGAUUGAAUCUAUUUGGCAGUUACCUUCCAACAAUAAAAACAGUGUUGUACCACUUAGGACAUUUAUUCAAGAAGUACUGAAACGAUCAAGAACAACCUAUUCAACACUCCAGACAGCCUUGUUCUAUCUUUUUCGCUCAAAGCCUCAAAUCACCAUGUAUUUAGCUAAAAUGAGACAUACAAGCUGUUGGGAAGAUGCCUAUGUCAGCUGUGGUCGUCGCAUGUUCUUGGCCAGUUUAGUGGUUGCUUCCAAAUUUGUACAAGACAAGACAUAUCGUAAUUCAGCUUGGGCAAAAAUAGCAGGUUUACCAGUCUCUGAAGUCAAUGCAGCCGAACGUAUUUUCCUCAACAUGAUGGAUUACCGUCUUUAUAUAUCUCAGCCUGUAUUUGAACAUUGGCAUCGUGUGUUACAUAUGCAUGUGGAAGCAAAGACACUUCAUCAACCUACGUCUUUACUUGACUUUUCUGAUUUGUUAUUUGCUGCUCGUCCAUUAAGACAAGUUGAAGAGAAACAACCAGAUUAUACACCUUCACCUUGUACAACUCCAGCUCGUCCAAAUGGGUACAAGUAUCAAAAAAAUCAGCAUGGUUGGACACUUGUACUUUCACCAGCUCCAUGCGAAUGCUCACAUACAAAUAAGAGAAGAAGAAGAAAGACAAGUAUUCAAUCGAUUACUACCUGUUAUUGUCAGCCACCUUCACUUUCAAGUUCAAUCAGUUCUUCACCUAUGCAAACACCUUCACCUACUCGCAUGAAUAACCCAGGUAUCUCAGUCUUUCAUUGGACUUCACCACCACCAUCCCUUUCCAAAAAGAGGAAAUUGACCAUUGUAGAAAGUAAUUCUGGCUCAUAUAACAUUAGUCAUGUCAGACAAUCAUUGAAAGAUUAAGUUUAUUAUACAUACACAUCCAUCAUUUUAUAUACACUCCUUUUUCAUCCAUACAUUCACUUUAUAUUAUCUUGUAUGACUCUAUUCUUUAUAUAUAUAUAAUUAUCCCUUCUUUAUUACAUAUAACCCCAGUUUCUUUCUUUCUUUAUACAUUAUACAUAUCAUUUGUUUUUUUUUCUAUAUAUACACACAUAUGAAUGCUUUUUUUUUCUUUUUUUUUUUUGAAUAAAA